UACGUCGUGGUGCCCGUCACGGUCCUCUACGUGCUCAUCUUCGUGACGGGGGUGGCCGGCAACAUCGUGACCGUGGUGGUCAUCUCGCGAUGCAGGUGCAUGCACACGCCCACCAACUACUACCUGAUGAGCCUGGCGGUGAGCGACCUGCUGCUCCUGUUGAGCGGGCUGCCCCAGGAGGUGUACUCCAUCUGGAUUCACUUCCCCUACCCGUUCGGCGAGGCCUUCUGCGUGCUGCGCGGGCUCGCCGCCGAGACCUCGGCCAACGCGUCCGUGCUCACCAUCAUGGCGUUCACCGUUGAGCGCUACCUCGCCAUCUGCAAGCCGUUCGCGCACGCCUCGCGCGCGCGCUCGCCCUCCCGCUCCAGCAGGGUCUUCAAGAUGAUCGCGGCCGUGUGGGUGAUCGCGCUGAGCUGUGCGUCCGUGCAGGCGAUGCAGUUCGGGCUGACGAUGCACGGCGACCUGGCCAUGUGCGAGCCGGUGCGCGUGCUGCUGCAGCACUCGUUCGAGGCCGCCUCCGUCGUCUUCUUCGUGGCGCCCAUGACCCUCAUGUGCGUGCUGUACGCGCUCAUCGCGCGCCGGCUGCACUGGCAGCGCAAGGACGCCCUGGGGCACAGCACGUCCUCCCUGCGACACGUCAUGGCCAAGCGCAGGGUCAUCAAGAUGCUGGCCGCGGUGGUGGCCGCCUUCUUCCUGUGCUGGGCGCCCUUCCACGCGCAGCGGCUCGUGGCCACCUACCUGACGCGAAACGUGGAGACGCACCUCACCCUGUACAAGAUCGCGACCUACGUGUCCGGGGUGCUGCACUUCGUGUCGGCCACCGUCAACCCCAUCCUGUACCAGGCCAUGAGCAGGAAGUUCCGGAAGGCGGGAAAAGACACCCUCGCGAGCAUCCUGCCCUCGCUGGAGUGGUCCAAGCGGAGGCGGGAGCGGCGGCAGCACCCUCACGGCCCCCACUGCGGCUCCGGCGGUGGGGGCCAGUGCAGGGGCACGGGUUACCGACAUCACCACCACCAUCACCACCGCCACCGCCACCCACCCCCGCUCUCUGGAGGUGAGUGCACCGCGACCGCGUUCACGAUUAGACACUCCAAUUUUUUAAUGCAAAUUUUGAAAGAAAAUUUAUGUAAAUUUGGCGUUGUUGUAAACAAUAUUUUUUAAAUUUAA